AUGGUCUCAUAAAAUUUGGGGAAUGUUAUACAUUGCUAAAAAGGCUUGUUUUCGACGCCCAGAAACAUAUAAGUUGGGUUCAGUGAUCAGGAAAACCCAAAAGUUAACGUUUGUUGGAAAGUUCAGAACGAUUACCUCUUGAUUUAGUCAACUGAUCAACUCAACAGUUUGAUGAUCAUGUCGAUGAGCAUGGCGUCCGACAUCAGUCCAGCAGGGGGAGAAAGAGGGCCACAUACCACUAUGGUGGGAGGAAGUAAACCACUGCACCGUUUCAUCAGAGGCGAGCCAAAGAGUACUGGGAUUGUAAUGAUGUUCAUGGGAUCAUCACUCUUCAUCUUGGGGAUUCCCAUGAGGCAGGAUACACUGAUGUCCUCUGCUGAGACUUUCACCCCUUUUUGGCUAGGAAUCCUGUUCAUCAUCUCUGGGUUGUUAUAUGUGCUCACAGAGAAGAAUCCUUCAAAACAACUGGUGACAGCAAGCCUGGCCCUUAGUAUCAUCUCUAUGUUGGGGGUCACAGUGGCUUUCUUUGAAUUCCUUAAAGGCAUCCUGCACAUUCGGCAAUCACAUGACUACUAUGAUCAUUACCACUAUGACUACAACGCCACAGAAUCUGGCAGAGUUGUAGUCCCCUGGCGUAAACAACAUAUGUACCAGUUGAUCAGCCUUGAGGCUGUAUUUAUGUACCAGAGCUUAGUAGGCAUGGUGCUCCUAAUUGUGAUGACAUCAUUUGCCAGGGUUGCCCUGCGUUCCAGCAAGACACAGGCAAUUGUGGUAAUGCAAGAUCUACCAUCACCAGACUGAAGAAAGAAAACAAGGCUUUUCUGACUGUCUCUGCCGUGAUGGAUAGAUAAAACAUUUGGACUUGCCCAUUGAUAUGAAAUAAAUGUAUUCACAAAUAUGUAGAACAUUUCUUUAAAUCCACAUAUAUGGAAUUGUCUUUGUAUACACUCGUCUUUCUAUACACUUGUACUUUGUAAUAAAUAUAACAUACACCACCAG